AUGUUAAGUGGAAUAAAUCCAUUAUCAGACGAAGUAAAUCGUCAAUCGAGUGCAAUAGCCAAACGUCGUGAACAAUUACGUCGUUGGGAUGAAUCAGAGACAAAUCGAGAAUCAUCAAAUAUUAAAAUUUCUCAGCGUGUCAAGUUUCAGCAAGCUUAUGUUUUUUUAGCUGCAUGCUCAUCAACAGAUCGUGAUGAAGUUGAAAAGUUAUUACAGCGUGGUCUUGAUAUAAAUACAUCCAAUAUCGAUGGACUUACAGCACUGCACCAAGCAUGCAUUGACAAUAAUUUGCUCAUGGUAGAAUAUUUGCUCAAUCGUUCUGCCGAUAUUAAUUGUCAAGACAAUGAAGGAUGGACACCUUUGCAUGCGGCUGCAUCUUGUGGAAAUAUUGAUAUUGUCAAAUAUUUAUUAUCUCGUGGUGCUACUGUUGAUGUUUGUAAUAAUGAAGGUGAAUUACCAAUUGAUAUAGCUGAAGGUGAUGAUAUAAUUGCUUGUUUGGAAGACGAUAUGAGAAGAAAAGGUAUUGAUGAUGAACAAGCAAGAAAUAUCGAACAUGAAUUAAUGCUUAAACAUGCACAAGAUUGGUUAAAUAAUAAUCAAAAAACAAAUACAAAAUCUUUAGCUGAAACUAUUGUACAUGCUAGAACUGGUGCUACUGCUUUACAUGUUGCUUGUGCUAAAGGAUAUUUAGAUGUUAUUGAUAUUUUACUACGUGCUGGUGCAAAUAUUAAUUCAGUUGAUAAUGAUGGUUGGACACCAUUACAUGCAGCUGCACAUUGGGAUAAACAUGAUGUUAUUAAAUUUCUACUUGAACGACAUGCUGAUCUUGAUGCAAAAAAUUUUGCAGGUCAAACACCACUUGAUGUUUGUGAUGGUGUCACUUAUGAAUUGUUAAAAGAAUUAAAAGAUAAACAAACUCCUGUAAAAACACAAGUUAGUGAAACGCCAGAUAACGUUCUUUUACCAUGGAAGAGAAAGCCUGCACCUUCUCGACCAACAGAUGAACAAAAAUCAAUUCUUCGAUCUGAAUCACAUAAUGAGAAUUUAGAAAUAACAAACAAACCUCCUCAGCCUUGUUUACCCUCAGCUUCCUUACCAUUAUCAGUAAAUCCUGCAUCUGUAGAUGAGAAUCUAUCGAAUUGUUCACCUAGUAUCAAAGAAAAAUUAAGUAAUCUUCAACGUUCAUUACAUGAUUUAAGUAAUCGAUAUUUAAAAACAAAUCAAGAAGAGCUGCCAAAUACAUCAGCAACAAAUAAUUCAACUAGUAAUGAUCUGAAUAAAACAACUAUAUCGUCAUAUGAUCAACGAUCAAAACAAACUUCUGAUAAAACAGUAUCUAAUUCACCUACAACAUCAGCUCGACCAACAUUUUUAUCAACAAAUAAAUAUUCAUUAUCAAAUUCUCAACGAACGUUUACAAAUCCACUUCAAUCAUUAACCACAAAUAAUAAUAACAAUAAUAAUAAUAAUAAUAAUAAUAAUAAUAAUAAUAAUAACGAAUUAUCCAGUCGUGAGAACUCAACAAUAAAUGUCGCUUCAUCUCCUACUCAAUCAUCGGACAAUAAAAUGAGUCGAAGAUGGGGUAUACAUGAUCGAACAGUGGGUGAUGGUUCAUCAUCAACAACUAAUAAUACAGUUCCAUAUGUUCGUCGUCGAUCAGCUGCUGGUGCUAAUGAAUCAGCAUCAGUGACAGCGUCAACACUUGUUAGUGUAACAACAUCUCUUCCUUCAGUAACAUCAACACCAACAACAAAUGUAACAGUAACAGCAGCAACACCAACAAAUAUACUAGACGAUUCAACUGGUGGAAAACGACGUUCAAAUGUUCCACCAAGUCGUGAUGAAGAAGCUGAAGCACAACGUAAACAUCGCUCAGCUCAAGCGCGACGAGAACGACGAUCAACACAAAGUGUUACUGUCGAAGAUAUAAAAGCAGCUGAACAGCAAAUAAAAAAUCAACCAACCAUUGCUGAAAUAUCGGCGCCAUCAUUAAUAACAAUUCCACAACCAGUAACUAAUAUUGUAGGAUCAACGACCAAUGUACCUUUAUCAAAUAAUAAAAUUGGUGCGCCAUCAACACCAUCUUUAAGUGCUGAACAUGAUAUUGAAACUGAACGAUUACAACGAGUCAUAGAAGAAAAAAAAGAAAAAGCAAGAAAAGCAAGUGGUGGAAACGAGGAUAUUGUUGAGACGACUGUUGACGCAUCUUCUUCAUUUGCUGGCUCACGUCGAGUACGAUCAAGAUUUACAUCGACUGAUACUGACAAUAUUGUCCCAUCAAUCACAGCUAACGAUUCAUUGAAUCUUGGUGUUAGUAAUUCGUUAGAUUCCCAACAACAACAACAACCACGACGACGAACUAAUCGUGUACAUAAUCAACGAAAAAACACUGGAAGAAUUAUUUGGAACGACGAGACAAAAGAAGUAGAAAUUCGUGAUGAUUCAAAUGAUUUAGUUCCAAAAACAUCAUAUCAACAAACAUCCAUUGAAGAAUCUCAUCGAUCAGACGAUCAAAAAUUACAAGAUAACGCUCAACAGUCAACAUCAAAUAGUGUUGCGCUUGGUUCACGCGGUCUUAUAUCCCGAUUUGAAAAUAUUCCCCCAUUAUCAUCAUCAACAACUAAAGAAUCGUUAACAAAUCUAUCUCCAACAUCUCCAUCAUCUUCUUCGUCAACAUCACGAACUAGUCGUUCACAGAGUCAAGAUCCAUCGCGAAAAUCUUUAUCAGCAACAACUUCGUUACCACCACCACCGCCAUCAUCAUCAUUAUCAUCAACGUCAUCAUCAGCCACAACCACAACCACAACCACCACAACAACACCAACGAAUCCAAAUACAGCUAUGAAUGGUAUGGCUUCGUCAACGCCAUUUGCACUAAAAAAGGAUUCUAAAGAAAAUACUGCUUUAUCUACUGGAAUAUCAGCAACAAAUAAUGAUACAUUCGCAAUCAAACGAUUAUACGAGGAUGCUAAACGUAAGGUCGAUGAAUUAACACAAAAAGUUGAUCGAUUAGAAAGAGAUAUUGCUGAAAGAGAUCAAAUGAUCGAAAAGCUCAAAACGUCACAAUAUAUUGAAUCAUCACUUGAUAAACGAGAAAAACGAGCAUAUGAACGAAAGAUAUCAGAAUUAGAAGAAGAAUUAAAAAAAAUGGACUCAAUCAAAGCAGAUAAUACACGUUUGAAAGAAGAAAAUGCUGCAUUGAUUCGUGUCAUCAGUAAACUUUCGAAAUGA